GACAAAUAAAAAGGAAUGAAAAAAAAAACGAAGGGAAAAAGUCAUUUAAAUGGAAAUGAAAUUAAUAAUAAGAGCGAGCAAAGAUGAUAAACAAGCUUCUGUUUUUAAUAUCAAAUCAAUUUCUUUGUUUUGUUGUGUGUUGUUGUCUCAGUUAGCAUCGAAGAACAUGGGAAAAAUCCCCCUUUUCCAUAAAUCUUUGUAACGGAGUCUAUAACAUUAUAAGUUAGAACGAAAACUGCUUAAAAUAAAAGAUAAAAAAUUAUUUGAACUACCAGGUAAAUGUAACUUAACGGCAGGUGUAAAUGUACAAGUUUUCAACCAAUCAAAUGACGCUAUUUACUGGAGAAAAUUAGUGAUUUCAAAAGCAUAGUUCAUGCAGAGUUAUUUGAACGUAGUUACGAAAGCUUUGUACGUGGGCGAGUAGGAUUGUCUGUCYCUUAUUCUAAGCCWUCUAAACGACCUCCAAACUGAACUACUUUACCAAAAUGAAAUAAUCUUAUCAUUGAGUUAACGCAGGGGUUUGCAAGGGUGUGGAUUAUCAAGAGCAAGACAAACKAACAAUUUAAGGAGUCGCGGUUAAAGUGCAUCCAAUAUGAUGGUGGUACUAGCUGUUCUACUGAUGGGACUAUAUACAUCAGUAGAGGCAGUAGUAAAGAGUGACGAUGAUGAGUUAAGACUAGUUCAAGACCUGUUUCAAAACUACAGUAAAGAAGUUCGGCCAGUUAAAGAGAAAGAAUCUGCCAUCCUUGUUCGCUUUGGUGUGGCAUACACUCAACUUGUUGAACUGGACGAGAAAAAUCAAGUUUUAGUCAGCAAUGUUUGGAUUCGACAGAAAUGGAAUAACCAUCUUCUACGAUGGAAUUCGACUCUUUACGGCGGAAUCAAAUCUAUCAACGUUGAUCCUAAACUCGUUUGGUUACCGGACAUAAUUCUAUAUAACAAUGCWGACAGCGGUAUAACCAGCGGUUCUAUGGAUCAGUUCAAGACUAAAGUAAUACUAAGUUCUGACGGUACAAACACGUGGUAUGCGCCAACGAUUCUGCGCAGUAGAUGCGCUAUCGACAUUAAAUACUUCCCAUUUGAUGACCAAAAGUGUAAGCUCCAGUUUGGUUCGUGGACGUAUGAUGGUUUAAGGGUUGAUCUUGUGAAUAUGAGCGCUGCUGUGGAUCUUAAGGCUUAUAUGCCUAGUGGAGAGUUUGAAAUGAUUGAUGCUCCYGUGGACAGAAUCAUCAUCAAAUACAGCUGCUGUCCUGAGCCGUAUCCAAACAUCAUCUUCACGCUACAUAUUCGUCGUAAAGUCUUGUUCUACUUCAACAAUCUUAUUGUCCCCUGUUUCUUGAUCACAGCCUUUGCGCUGUUGACCUUUGUAUUACCACCCAACACUGGCGAAAGAGUUACCCUUGUUAUCACUACCUUACUGGCUAUGACCGUAUUCAUGUUGAUGAUUGCCGAGAAUACUCCGACAACCUCCGACGUUACUCCGUUAAUCGGWAAAUUCUUCGUGGCUUCGAUGGUUGAGAUMGGACUGGCAUUGAUCGCUACAUGUUUUGUGCUUAAUAUCUACGAAUCAACUGGACCRUCAUCAGAUGUCCCUCAAUGGCUACGAGUAGUCUUAAUUGAUUACCUAGGGCCUAUACUACGAGUCGCUAAACCACGCGAGAAAACACCCAAAAAGAAUAACACACUGACCAUGGGAAACAGUUAYACACAUGGGUACGUGCCAAUGUUCCCCGACAGCAACGGGAACCCUGUGGAGAACGACCACAACUGUCCCAAGGACGUGAUUGUCAUGACACCGACCAAAGUAGGAGACAAGAUUCUUAACUCACGUGACAUUAUCUCAACGGUCAAUGACAACAGUGUGCGAUUCCGAGGUUCUGGAAACCAGUCUUACGACCGRCUACUUGAYGGGAUCACUGUGUUAACAGAACGAGUCCGAGAACAAGAAAAGACCGAAUCGGUGAAGGAAGAAUGGGAGUCCGUUGCUAAGGUAAUCGACAGGCUAUUUCUGCUGCUGUUCAUAGCAACGGUUUCCAUAUCAACAGCUAUGAUCUUCCUUCAGAGACCUAGUUACGCCACGAUGUAAUUAACUGUUUUUGUUAAGUAACUGCUGGCGGUGACUUAUGGGAUUAUUGCCCUUAUUUGGAGAUAGCUACCAGCCAAUAAGAAUUGAUUCAACAGCUAAGAAGGUUAGCGAUGCAGGGUGGUAUUGGAAUCGACCAAUUCGAKUGCACAUCCAAAAUGACGUAAUUGAUAUAUGGAGGUACAUGUAUAUGGAAGUCACAUGACCUCACAGACCACCCGAUGCGCCUCAAGCAGCAUUAUCCUCAGCCAAUAAAGAAGCUUUCUUUUGUAUGUAAAAAAAUACUUUCCUUUUAUGGGAAAAACUUCCUUAUACAGAAUGAUAAAUCUCAUAUUGAAGAUAUAUAAAAAAACUGACAACUCAUUCCUAAUAUGGAAAAAAAAAACUUUCCUAAUAUGGAAUAGGACUUAUCAAACAGGAUGUUUGCCUUAUAUGGAAGGCUUUUCCUUAUACGAAAACAGCAUUGGAAAGAUGGAAACCGGCACUAAAURACGAGCAAGACUGGUGUCAAGUCAGAAGARAACACGUUUACAGAGGCGUUUUAAAGCUCUGAUUGGAGUAAAUUAAACUUAGUUUAGCAUUUGUAGAGUUAAGUUUUACUUUGAAUUAUAGUUCUUGGUUAAUUUGACAUUCUUUGUGUUUAACACUCUAAGUGUAUGAACUACUAAUGGACAUUAAUAAUCACUAUUAAUUAUCAAUUAAUUAAUAUUUAUUACGCAUAUUAUUUUGACUGCAUUUUAGGAAUUUUAUAGAUUUUWUCUCAGACGUUACUUAGAAAUAGCUUGAAGUAACGUGAACAUUUGGCAACGUUUUUGUAGUUAGUUUGCUCUGGUAAUUUCAGAGCAUCAAAUUAUUUUAUGAAGUAUUAAGAAAUUAUAAGUCCAUUCAUUCUAUGACUGCUUAUGCUACACAAAAAAAAGGCUGUUUUGUAAAGCUGAUGCACAGAUUGUGAGUGAAACACUGAUGUUUCAAAAUGUUAAAAAAUACGCGAUAAGACCGCAUGGAACUCUGGGUACUGCCAUUUAGAACGCAUGGAAGUCUGGGUAUUGCUACUUGGUUGUACAUGUACGCACGGGAUCUACAUUGAUCGCUACAUUGAUGCGUUUUUAAGGCAUUUUUGUAUUGUUUUUCAGUUUUUGAGGACGUACAUUAAUACGAAACCGCUACGGAAACGCAUCUGUUUGAAUACUGCCUUCAUAUGCUUCUGUUUUAAUAAUUUUUAUAUUGAAUUUCGCACAGAGUUCUGUGUGGUAGUAUUGCCCAGCUAUGAAGUAACAAAAGCACAGAAAAGACUUCGGUUCAAAGCUAUGGCGAAAAAAAUUAGGAAAUGAGUAAAAAUAUCACUAAUGGCAAUGAUCACAAACUAAUUAAUGAUGAUUGUAAAACGGCAUUAAUUUGAUAAUGAGCAUCAUUAAAUCAUGACUAAUAAAUUUGAUGAUCAUUAAAGAAACUGAUUAAUUUACCUACAUUGGCUGAUUAUACAAUACUAAUCAACUACAAUACAUAAACUAUACUAAAAAUAUAACAAAACAACCUUAAUAACGCUAACAGCAACUAAUUGAUUUAGGAUCUCAUUGAGUUUUUAGAUGAUAAUUAUUAAUCUACUAAUGGCAUCACUUGAUAACAGCUAAUCAUCUAAACUAAUCUACCUAUGUCACUGGAUAACAAUAAUCAACUCAUGGCAUUAUUGGAUGUCAACUACACGUAAUUAAUACCCAGACAAGAAAGAUACUAACACAGGAUGGCAGAACAAAAUGUCGUUGAGUCUCUAAUCAACUUAUAACAUUGAUAACACCAUGUUAAUGACAGUAUGCGACAUCAUUGGAUAAUAGACUUCUGAAUCUUUUAUGUCACUACUUGAUUUUCAAUGCAUUGUGGGAUCAGUUUCAAGAGAAAACAAAAGAAAUCCGCCAUGUUCUGUCCCAAACAUAUCCUACAAUGCAUUGCGUAUACGGUACAUGACGUAAAAGCUGCAGAGGUCUAUUGAUUGGCAGCUCAAGGUACGUGGAUUAUCGUCAUCAUUUGCUAAUCAGUGAUUGGCUAGCAAAAUAAUAAACUAACAACUAAUAUAARCACUCAUUACAUCAUUAAUAACAUUAAUAAUAUACUAAUACUAUUACAAUAUAAUAUAGCAUUACUAUUGACUAAUGACAACAUUAAUUMAAAACAGCUAAGAACCUUGGUUWUGGAAUGGUAAAUGUGUGRUUUCCAAUKAUAUGAAUAUUUUGAGUGUACUUUAGGAAAAUUGUAAAUAAAAAUUACUUCAUUAA